UUGCUCCUUGAUCUUAUGAUGACAUCAAGUUAAUAAAUCUUAACAUUUGUGGUUUACAAAGCGGGCAUAAUACAGUGAGCAAGACGACUAGCUUGAAUCAGAGUUUUGAGAACUUGACACUACCAUGAAGAUUCUCGCAGUUGCUUCAGUGCUCUUUAUCAUCAAAGGAACUCAGGGUGGUGUUAUCCCACAGGAUGAAUCCAAAUCGAACAAAUCUGUACACACGCAACAAUCCAUUGAUUACUUGUUAAAACAAGGGACUGACAUAACCAGAGCUGUUUCUGAUAUUCUGUCACAGACUGAGAUGAGUAAAUUCGCAAAGUCAAAUUUAGAAGGUGUUACGACAUUUCUCAAAAUUUUGGUUGAAUAUUCAUCAGUGGAACUAUUCCCAUGGUUAACGAACAUCAAGUGGAAAGGGGAGGAUGCCUAUUUUCUUCUGUUAGAGCAGGCCAGUUUGAUCUAUGACAGGAUGGAGCAGGCAACAAAAGAAUUAUAUGAGGCAGUUGACAAUGAAACAAUAUCCUCCAUUCAUGAGGAAUUGGAACAGCUUUCAGAAAGCCUCAAUGUUAACCGUGAGAAUCUGAUUAAUGGUUUGGAUUCGAUAUAUGAGGGCGCCACCCACCGGGUGGAAGAAAUUUACAACAUAACCACUCCUACCUCUGGAAACUUCACUCAAUUCACUCAAGGGAUGAAGGAAUAUUUUACAUCUGUGGUUGACGUGGUAAACGAAGGCAUGAUAAAAUUCUUGAAAUCGCAGCGAUUGAAAAAAAAAGCUUAAUGGUUUCUGACUCCAAUGAGGUUCACUGGGCACAGAGAAUACUUAAUUAAAUUUCCAACCAAUCAUAAUAGUUAAAUAAUUAUGCUUUCUUUAUUUUAAAUCCAACAACAUAUUUCUGUGAAUGACCAACCCUGUAUGUAUUACCUGUUGACUUGACGUAUUUCUUCUGCAGAGAAUUAUCUUCACUGUGUAUUUGAAGGAGAAGGAAAGAUGGGGAGGCUAGACAGUGUCUUUUCUGGAGUUGUGCUGUCUCUAUUAACUCUACGAUGUUUGAACUGAGAUAAUCCACUGAAAAAGUCUUAUGAUGCUGCAUUUCCUCCCAAACACUGUCACUUCAGUUCAGUUAAGUCAAAAGAAAAUGUAAAUCUGGACCGAAUAACCAUUUAUCAGAAGCAUUGCAGCACUUCACCCAAAUUGCUUUGACAGCAUCUUCUAAAUCUGCAAUCUCUACCAUCCAGAAUUGAAUAAAUUGAGAGAAAUUGAUUUGUGCACGCAGUUGGGAUUAUUUUAGAAUGGCACCAUAUAUCUGCAGGGCCUGCUUCUGUGCUAUUAUUGUUCUCUAUUGUAUUCUAUGUUCUAUGUAGAAGGACAAAGGUCACAGAUAAAUGGGAACGUCAAGUUUCCCUCCAAGCUACUCAUCGUCCUGACUUGGCAAGAUAUCACUGUACAAUAUUGCUGUGUCCAAAUCUUGAAAGUCCCUCCUUAUUAUCAUUGCGGGAAUCCUCUACUUCAAGGAUUGUAGCAGUUCCAAGACAGCAUCUCAGCACCACUUUCUCAAGGGUAAUUAGGGAUGGGCAAUAAAUGCUGGACUAGGCAAUGACACACACAUGCAGUGAUUGAAAUUUUAAAAAGUGGCUAACAAAUAAACUACUAACAAUUAAUAAUGUUAGAGCAGUAUUUUACAUACAACAUGCUAUGUCACUGUUUUAGUAACUGCAUUUAUAUGUUCACCAAUAGGUGUGCAGAAUUGCUUUAAAGUCAUCAAAUGUUGCAAAUGAAUAUUGAAUGAUUUUGGUAGUCUAUGUACUGCUUUAAUUGUAGUACCCAAUAAAAAUAUGAGAAACAAGA